GCCAUCGCAGACGUCACAGGCGCGACCAAGCUCGGUAGUCCCUCGCGGCGGCAUGGGUCGUCACCUGGCUUCGGCGGGCUCCCGUGGGGAGCUUGGCCGUCUACUACAGGCGGUGCUAACGAGCCGUGGCCAGGCCAAUGCGGUGUUUGACAUCCUGGCUGCACUUCAGUCCGAGGACCCUGAGGAUAUCCAGGAAGGAGUGCGUACGUGCAGCCGACUCUUCAGUACCUUGCUGGAACGGGAAGAGCUCUUCGUGGGCUCGCUGCCACGCGAGGAUGGGGUCCUGGCAGGAUCCCAGGGAGCCACACACAAAUACAAAGUUUGGAUGAGACACCGCUAUCACAGCUGCUGUAAUCGCCUGGAGGAGCUCCUGACCCAUCCCUCCUUCCAAGUCAAGGAGCUGGCCCUCAAGACACUCAUGAAGUUUGUGCAGCUGGAAGGAGCGAAACCCCUGGAGAAGCCCCAGUGGGAAAGUCACUACCUCUUCCCCCGCACACUCUUCAGGGCAGUGGUAGGAGGCCUGCUCACACCCGAGGAUGACCACAGCCUGCUUAUCUCCCAGUUCUGCGAAUACUUGGAAUAUGAUGAUAUACGGUACCACACAAUGCAGGCGGCCACAAGCACUGUAGCCCAAGCCACCAGCCAGCAAUCUGAGGUGUCACCCACCUUCUGGAACAAUGCCUUCAUGUUGCUGUCUGCUGUGAACCUGCCCCUCCAAGAGUAUGACCUUACCAAGUUUUAUGUGAAGCACACACAGACAUCAGACAAGUGGAAGGUCAUUCACUUGAAGGAGCACAGAAAAGCUUUCCAGGAGAUGUGGCUUGGGUUCCUUAAACAUAAGCUGCCCCUCAGCCUCUACAAGAAGGUCCUAGUGGCUAUGCAUGACUCCAUCCUGCCCCACCUGGCUCAGCCCACCCUCAUGAUUGACUUCCUCACAAGUGCUUGUGAUGUGGGUGGUGCCAUCAGCCUCCUGGCCUUGAAUGGGCUUUUUAUCCUAAUCCAUAAGCAUAACCUGGAAUACCCUGAUUUCUAUCAAAAGCUCUAUGGCCUCCUGGAUCCAUCCAUCUUUCACGUCAAGUACCGAGCCCGGUUCUUUCACUUGGCCGACCUUUUCCUUUCCUCCUCCCACCUCCCUGCCUACCUGGUGGCUGCUUUUGCCAAACGCCUGGCCCGGCUGGCCCUAACAGCACCUCCUGAGGCCCUUCUUAUGGUCCUGCCCUUUAUCUGUAACCUGUUGCGUAGACACCCUGCCUGCCGAGUUAUGGUGCAUCGUCCACAGGGCAUCGGUGAGCAGCUAGAUGCUGAUCCAUAUGACCCAGUAGAGAAGGACCCAGCCAGGAGCCAUGCCUUGGAGAGCUGCCUGUGGGAGCUGCAGACUCUUCAGCAGCACUACCAUCCUGAGGUAUCCAGAGCUGCUGGGGUCAUCAACCAGGUGCUAUCUGUCCCUGAGGUCAGCAUUGCGCCACUCCUGGAACUUACUGCUUAUGAGAUCUUUGAGCAGGACCUGAAGAAGAAGGCACCUGGGUCAGUGCCCCUGGAGUUCAUCCCAUCCAAAGGCCUGUUGGGCCGACAGGAUCACCUCUGCACCCAGUUCUUCACUCUUACCUGACCUGGCCUCAUCUCCUUCUUUUAGUGUCUGAGACAGACUCUCACUUUGUAACCCAGGCUGGCCUGUAACUUGUGGUCCCCCUGGCUCAGCUUCCCUGGUGCUGAGGUACAAGGGUCUACCACCAUGUCUGCGUUCAAAUAAAUGUGUGUGUGUUUUAAAGGGA